AUCGCCUCCAAAGCCCCCCAACCCAACUGCUCCGGCGGCCGCCAUUGCUGCUUGUGGCCUUGUGGGAGCUCUCCGUAAUGGACAUGGACAUGGACAUGGAUAUGGAGACCCUCGCCGACGACACCGACGCGGCGCUCGCCGGCGACAGCGGCGGCGAGGCCGAGCGCUACGAGGCUGCCGAGGCUGAGGCUGAACUCCUCCGCGACCGCCUCCGCCUCGCCGUCAUCAGCAUCGCCACCGCCGAAGGGAAGAAGGCGGGGAUGACGGUCGCCGACCCCGUUGUUGCCUGCAUCGCCGAUCUGGCAUACAAGAGCGCAGAGCAGCUGGCUAAGGAUGCAGAAUUGUUUGCACAGCAUGCCGGUCGCAAGACCAUCAAGAUGGAUGAUGUUAUACUCACAGCUCACAGGAAUGAGCACCUUAUGGGUCUUCUGCGGACCUUCUCUCAAGAACUGAAGGGAAAGGAGCCUGCCAGCAGCGAGAGGAAGCGAAAGAAAUCGUCAAAGAAGGACAAGAGGGUGAUAAACGUCUGAUUCCAUGUAACCGUUAUGUUGGCUAGAGGGGAAGGCACCACAAACGCUCAAACUAACCACCUGUUCUGCAUUCGAUGGCUGCGUGCGAUUUCCAGAACUGAUUGAUAUUGUACAUACUGUUGUAGUUGUUCAUCAAAUUCAGUUUCUCACUUUUGCUUUCUAACUAGUCAACUGAACAA